AUGAAUACAGCGCCUCAACAAACACCAAAAUUAACGGUCAAGGGUCACGUCCCUAUCGUUGCCGAACGCUUCGCGUGUUUGGAACUCGAGGAGCAGGAAACAACCGAUACCGAGUCGGAAUACACCGAGCGGUCGGCUUCUUUGUCAGAAGAAAAAGUAGCUCACGGAGGUGGGCAUUCUCUCGAUGAAGAUGAAUUCGAUUUAUUUUGCACCUUGAUUGAGUGUAAUCUAAGCGAGAUACUUAGCACAUGGAAGGACAUGCUCAAACACGAGAUCAGACCCAUCACCGCUGCUGCAAUUACGAAUUGUAUAUACAACGAGAUAAGUUCUUCCUUAGAACAAGCCCGACUGCUCGCUCCGCAUUGGUUCAAUGAAGAGUUUCUAAUGCGAAAAGAUGAUAUGUUCCACGAGGGACUAAACAUCAUAUUCGAACGUGAAAAGGAUUCGCUCUGGAACAGUGUCAUGGAUGUAGCGAUCAAGAUGGACCGCAGCAUUGUACCAAUUUUCGUUGGUGACUUCAUUUACUCAUUCGUGAUGGUCCGGUCUGGGCUUAAGGACCGGGACUUUUAUAUCUUUCGUUUCAGUGUGGGCCUUCGCUUAUUACGCCUUAUCCAGUCAGUUGAAGGAAACGAGAAGUCACGUGUUGAUGAGCUUCAAGAAGAUACCUACAAGGCACUCGAUUUCCUUCACAAUGUCAUGUCCCACCCUAUGACGCCGAAGUUCACGUGCCAGGGGGUUGAUAAAGUGAUCCAAGAGGCCAAGCGCUUGAGGCCCAUCGUCCAAGGGCUAAGAGAACCUUCUAUACUAUGCAGCAUUACUCUUUGGAGUGUUGUCCAAGUGCAGGAGGUCUUUAUGCAACUUUUAGGGAACCCGCUGAUCGCCAUGACAGCUCAUAUUUACGUUUAUCUACGGAUCUCCAAUCUCGUGGGCCCCACUCCCCAGCUUGAAUCGUUCUGCACGAAGCAUGAGAGUAUGCUGUUCUGGAAUUGUCGACCACUCACUCUCAAAGACUGGGGUAUUUCCUACGAGAGAUGGGUAAUCCCUAGAGAGGAAACUGCGGAGGAAAUUGCAUGCCUAAGAUUGAAGCGGUACAAGAGCAAUUUUCUCAUGAGAGAAUUUUCGCUGAACGACUUCAAGUUGACCAAUGAUCUGAAAAACAAAUUUUCUUCUCAACCAGGGAAGAUCUUCGACACGAUGAGAUUAGAAUUGGAACGAGAAAUGCCAAGCAAUACAGUCGUCCUUUACGAUUCAGUCUCCGAGAUUGUACGGGUUAUCUUCAGGAGUCAACUUGGAUUCCCGCCAUCUAUCGCGAUAGAGGACGUUCAAUUGGCAUAUAUGUUCUAUAAGUAUAUUGAUCGGGUUGCUGAGCCGUUUAUCUUGAGACUUAAGGAAAUGCAGGAUUUCGCUUAG